UGAAACUUUUGGGCCCAAUAAUGCGUAGCAAGUAAACCUGACGAGAUAAUGUAGUGGUUGGUCACAUUGCAAAUUGAACCUCGUGGUAGGUUGAGGUCCGAGCCCCUGGCCUGGGGGCCACCAACAUAUAAAAAUCUCAAACUCAGACUCAAAUUCAAGUUUUUUAUCUCAGCAGAGAUUUUGCUAAAAUGCUGUGCCACCAAACUUUCUCAGAUUCACCUCACGUGAGUUGAGAUUUGACAAAAUAACUCAACGUGUUUUCAUUGUUACAAGGGGCCUUACUUUUCAAUGAUCCACUUUCACUUUGUUGUUUACAUUAGCUACAAUGCUUUCGCAUGUACUUUACAUGUAAUUUUCUUACGAUUUAAUGACGUCACCUUUAGAAGUCGUCUGCAAUUACAUAUACAUUAUAUACAGUACAGUAUAAUCCAAUAUGUCGUCAGACUACGAAGUAGCGCUGCAAAUCGCAAACGAUAAAUGCAUAUCCAAAUCCGCGCCCGCCCCUCUACUGAGAAAAAGGCCGAAUUGGACUGAAAUAGAAAAGAAAAUAGUUGUCGAGGAGGUGCAGAAUAGAGAAGACAUUCUAUUUGGUAAAUUUAAAGGCGGUUUUGGUGGGAAAACGGCGAAAGAAAAUGCCUGGGCCGAGGUGGCCGCAGCCGUGAAUGGAGGCAGUGGUUCCGGAAAUUCUAGAACAUCCUCAGAGUCUCAAAAGCAGUACAGCAAUUUGAAGCAGAGAGCAAAAGGAAAGUUGUCAGAGAUGAAAAGACCAAAAACAGGUGGUGGUCCCAAGCCUUCGAGCCCAUCUCCUGCUGAAAAGGCUAUUUUGGACAACUUGGGGGGUCGACCUUCACUGGAGGGAAUAUGUGGAGGAAUCGAUACAGCUAAUCUGUCUGAGAGCCAGCCUUCCACCUCCUCAGACCUGCCUUCUACCUCCUCAAACCUGCCUUCCACCUCCUCAAACCUGCCUUCUACCUCCUCCAACCUGUCAGAAAAGAGGAAGGCAAAAGAUUCUGGUAAGUUGAAGAGGAAAAUGACCAUCCUGGAGUUAGAGGAAAGGAACCUCACCAUUGAAAAUGAAAAAUUUCAGGAAGAAAUCAAGAAGAUAAAAGAUGAGAGGGACCUUAUUAGAAUACAGAAAUCUUUCUAUGAAUUUAAAAUUCAAAUUUUGGUUAAUUCGCACCCAGAGGUUGCAGUGCAGAUGUUACAUAGUAAUGAAAUGUAAGAGUUUGUCCAUUUAAAAUCAGGUAGAAGCUGUAUAUUAACGUUCAUUUCUGGUGCUGUACGAUGUAAUACGGAAGUUCCGAGUUCCCCAAGAGUUAUUUCCCCUUGUCGAACUCUUCCGUAAAUUAUGACAUAAAAUAUGAUGACAGUGGGUACAUUUGCUAAUUACUAUCGUUGUAUUAUUUCUUAAAAGAUGAUAUCCAGAGUUUCUGAGACCAUCCUAUCUCAGGGGAAAGGCAGCUUUAGUGAGUUUAUGAGUAUUGGAUAACAAAAUGGCUCAAACAAAUACUGUUAAUUGCCAUCUUUCUAAGAUAAAAGCAUCACUCAUGUAGAAGAGGAAACGAAUAAUGAUUUAAUAGCCAAUUUGAGGAUCUUAUUCAAACAAAUUAUGCUUGAUAUGGCCAGAAUAUACAUACCAGUGAUUGAUAUAAACAAAAGUUACGCUUUUAUUACAUUAAUCGUACGUAAUCAUUAUGUACAAUGCCAGUUUACGAUAUAAUGUAUACAUUGUGUACCCACCAUACGUCAUAAAAUGCGAAAGAGUUCGACAAAGGGAAAUAAUUUUUGUGUAACUCGGAACUUGCGUAUUACAAUCAACUAGGUUUUUAAUCACUUAAGGUAUUUCCAUCCUCCUGUGAUAUCAUAAGAUUUUGAUUUGAUAAGAUUUAUGCAUGGCAGGAACUUAAAGUUUGUUGGAGUCUUUUUCAAUAGUUAUUGUAAAAAAAAACUUGUUAGCCUUAAAAUAUUUCAAAAGUCUAAGUUGUAUUUGAAUAAUCAAUUAUAUGUUUCAAAAUAUUAAAUCAAAGGGCAAUAACUCUGUUCCCAUUAAAUUAUUUGUCAAGUCCAUUUUGCGAUAGAUUUCCUUUAUUUUUCACCAACAUUUUGUACAUUUUUUUUACACUUGAAACUCUGUACAAUACUUCAUUACCAUUUGUAGAUGUGCAUAUUGCUAUAACGGGGGCCCAAUUGUUAUCCUUAAAAUUAUAAUUGAUCGAAGAGGGGUGGGGGAUGUAAAAUACAGUGUGAACACUUCUCCGAUAUGGCUUAAUUUGAAAUAGGUUUAUGUAGGAUAAUAUUUAAGAAUCUUUUCCUUACAGUAAGUGAUCAAUAUUUUAGCUGCAGGGGUAACUAUAAUGGUCCAGAGUUCAACUGAUGCGGGAUGUGGCCCAUGGGCCUCUUGUCAUAUUCUUCUCAUGUACAACUUUGUAAUUUAUUUUCCCAGCCUGUAUAGAGCAAAGAAUGUUACAACUUUUUUCCUAGCCAUAUCAUUUAGGUCUUAAAAUUUAUGGUCCUUAUGACAUGUAGGUGAGUUUGGGCAUCAAUAUUUUUGACAAGGCUUUCAUUUUAAUUGCAUUUCCUUUCUAAAAUUCAUAACCAAAAUUUUGGAUGGUCAUUUUUUCUGUUACAGAAAAGCAUGUUUACUGUUUGUGUGUAUUGCAUUCCUAAGUGUGUAUUAGCAUUUGUGAUGGAUGGAUGAAGGAUAUACAUGCAUUAUGUUGAAUCUGAUAAAGAUUGUUAGUUUAAAGAUUGUUAGUUUGUAAACCAUAAACUCAAUUACAUAUUAUCAUCAAAGUUAAAGCUUGGUUGCUGUUGUUUAUUUUUAAACUGUAAUAGACAAAACUCAUAAAUAUCAUAAUGUAAUAAAAUGUGUAAGCACAUAAUGCCUUACAUUUAAAAAAAGAGUUUGUAUGGCCAUCUUUCUUUUCCUUAAUUCUUGUAUUACAUAUCAAGGUGUGUUAUAUGUAAUUGUCUUGAACAUAAUUUAUGAAUAUUACUUUACAACAAUCGUAAUGCAUUUAAUUUUUUCGCUUAUGUUUGUAUUAAGUGAUGUUCAUAAUCAUAUGGUUCGUUAUUUGUGUUGUACAGAAUUGAAGUACCAUAAGAUUUAAACAUGAAAGUAGGUGUCUCUAAUGUGAUCCCGCACAGUUCUACCAAUUGCAUCAUCAGGGAUAACAACAUCAUAUGUUCUGCUGGAGUCAGUAGUAAUGGGGGGCACCUCUGUCAAAAUAUCCCCCUUCAUUAGACCAAUGUUAUGCAGGAUGACACAUGCUGUGACCACCCUGCAUGCUCGCUCAGGAUUUGUUCUUAAUCCGCAGUGAAGAGCAUUGAAUCUUUUUUUUAAAAUUCCAUACGUUUGCUCUAUGGUUACUCUGAGAUAAAAAGAAAAAUAUGUAUUACCAUAAGCAAACCAUAUUCUUUUAAAGAAUUUUGACUUUCAUAAAAUGAUUAUAGAAUAGAUAAUUGCCUAGUUCUGCAAUGAGCUGCAUUGAACUUCUGUGUGGCCUCUGUCUCUGCUGAUAAGUAUGGGGUCAUCAGAUAAGGUUUUAGGCCAUACCCUGAAUCACCAAGUAAUAUCCCCUGAAUCUGACCUGUAGAUGAUAAUUCACCUCAUCACUGUUGUUAUUACAUGUAGUUUGCUCAAGUGAGCUUUUUCUUUAUCACCAGUUGUUUGUUUGUCGGUAAACUUCACAUUUUUAUCAUUAUAGUUCAUUUAUGUCUUAAUAUUCUAACUGGAAAGACAACUAUAUUCUUUUAAUUUCUAUUUUACAAUAUAUGUUUAUUUACCCUACCCCCCCCCCCCCCUUCCAAUCAUUCUCCAUGUUAUUCAUAUUGAUGUUGAUUUGGAGUCAUCUCUGUGUUAUGUGAAUUCAUUUUCAGUUAUGUUGAUAUCAUUUGGGGCUAGGUUUGGGUAAAAAAUAUUCAUGAGCAUAAAGUUUGAUAAAAUCUUUUUUAAACAGUUUUACAUUUGAGCAGUGACAGGCCAAGGUGACUCAGGUGAACGAUGUGGCCCAUGGGCCUCAUUAUCAUUAUAUUUACAUAUAAAAUAAAAACUUAUUAUUCUGUGUG